AUGCCCUCCUUUCUCGCCGCAGUCACCUUCCUGCUUGCCCUCAAUAUUAGCAUCACAUCCGCCGCGCACGCCGGCUUCCACGUCCAAUAUCCAUGGAUGUCCCGCGGUCCAAACCCUAGGACCCGGCCAGAGAUAGAUCGGUUUAACCCUUUCUGCGGGGAAAUAGUGCACAACCCCCAAGGAUACUCGCGCCACUCUCGCGGGUUUCUCUCCUUCUCCGGCCAUCCCGGGGACCUUGUGACGGCCCUCUAUACUCGACAUAGAGUGCCAAGGAAUAGAGACGACUUCCCCUACAUCAUCCUGCAGGACGUGCCCAUCCAGCCUUCGGGGCAGCUAUGUGUGAAUGUCACGAUACCAUUUGAGACCAAGGUCGAUGAGAUGGGAGUCAUGUACUUCGAGGCGAGGGAUCCGCGCACGGGCAAUGUGCAACACUAUUGCUCGGACGUCAGGAUGGCUGACAUCAACGCUCUCCCGGAGGAUCAUCCGGCUAUGUGUGCGGCUAACAACGAGACGCUUAUUCCCAUGCCGGAUGAGUACCUGUAG